UCUCUAGUUUAUUUCUUGCAGCUAACUAGCCAACCAGCUAACGACUGUCAGGCAAGUGCAGUGGAAGAGAAAGUACCACACAAAUGGGCUUUCGUUAAAGGAAAGGUUAACUAGCUCCUCGGAAGUACGUUCCUUUUGUUUGUAAUACAAACUUCCCACACUAAAGAUGAUCAUUUUAAAAGGGAAUGAACGACGAGACAGCAUCGGACAGCUGGAAGAGAAACUCCGGGUGCUCCAGUAUUGAGCAAAUGCUGGCUGUGAAUCCCGGAAAGACGCCCAUCAGUCUGCUGCAGGAGUAUGGAACGCGGAUAGGCAAGACCCCAGUGUACGACCUGCUGAAGGCCGAGGGACAGGCCCACCAGCCCAACUUCACGUUCCGCGUCUCCGUUGGAGAGAUCAGCUGCACCGGCCAAGGGCCCAGCAAGAAGGCAGCCAAGCACAAAGCAGCCGAGGCUGCUCUGAAGAUGCUCAAGGGAGGCCUCGGAGGUCCCGCUGGAGUUAGCGUUGGAGUGGACGGCUUUAUUGGGGUUGACGGGUCUACUGAUGGAGACAGCUCCCAGUCAGAGAUGAAGACCUCAGGCAGUUCUCAGCAGUCUGAAUGUAACCCUGUAGGAGCACUGCAGGAGUUGGUGGUGCAGAAAGGAUGGCGUUUGCCAGAGUACACUGUCACCCAGGAGUCUGGUCCAGCACACCGCAAAGAGUUCACAAUGACCUGCAGAGUCGAGAGAUUUGUUGAAAUCGGAAGUGGAACAUCCAAGAAACUAGCCAAGAGGAACGCAGCAGCUAAGAUGUUAUCGCGUAUACACGACGUCCCAGUCGACCUGAGGACCAGCAACGACGCUGACACAGAAGAUGACACUUUCACCAUGCACAUGGGGAACAGAGCCGAGUCGGGGAAAAGUAAAGGCUUCAGCUGCACGUGGGACUCGCUGCGUAACUCUGCUGGAGAGAAGAUCCUCCAGCUCCGCAGCCACCCUCUGGGAAUGCCAUCCGACUCCAACUUCUGUUCUUUAUUGAACGACCUGUCUGUGGAGCAGCGCUUCGAUGUCAGUUACCUGGAUCUAGAGGAGCGCAGUCUAAGCGGCCUGUGCCAGUGUCUAGUCGAGCUGUCCACGCAGCCGAUCACAGUGUGCCACGGCUUCGCUCCGAGCAUAGACGCCGCUCGAGCCAGUGCAGCCCACAAUGCACUGCAGUACCUCAAAAUCAUGGCUGGAGGGAAGUGACGUUGUCUACUUCCUCACAGACUCGAACUCGCCACACCGCAAUGGCGGGAUGGAUAUCCACUUUGAACGAAGAAGGCACUUUUGUGAAGAGUUCAAAUAACGUGAAUUACCUCAGAUUUGGAAAUGGAGACUUUUUCUGUCCCCAGAUGAACCCCAGGAGCUUUUUUUCUUCAGUUCCUUUUUGUAGCCAAUGAAGAUUUAGUUGCCCUAAAACUCAUGCCCCCCCUUUCAUUGACAUUAUUUGUCACCAGUUAUUUUUAAAUGCUUUUUUGUGUUCAGUUUUUGUUUGUUCAGUGUUCAGACAUAGAAACCAAGAAAACUAAAGUUUAAUAUUCUCAAAUCAUGAAUGCCGUUAUGGCAGUGAGAUGCCAAAUAACUGCAGACAAAUUUGAGCGAAGGGGUUUGUAGAAAUUGGGCUAUGAAAUUGCUGAUUAUUGGUGAUUUGCUUAAUCCCCGUUCACACGGAUGAACGAAAUAAAGAAAAAUUUGCCAUGUGCUGAAACUUGGAGAGAAAAGGACUCUGCUGAUCCGAUAUCAGAGGAAAACUAUUUUAAAGACUGUCCUGUUUUCACAUGAGCUCGUGUGAGUAUUUAAAAUGUGUCUUUGUUUUGUAUUCAUUUGAAACCUUAAAAUCACAGACUGUUCCUCUCUGAUGCUUUUAAUGUUUGACCUUCAAGAUUUGAAUUUUUGACAUUUCCCCCAUUCAUUUUAAAGUCAUUUAAGUCUGCUGUCAGCUGAAACUCACCAUGUCAAAGUUGUGAUACUCUUUACUCGUUCCCAAAUUAGAAAUGAGAUGAAGGUCAGUCGACUCAGCUUUCUGAAAGUUAAUUGUCCUGUAACGUGUGCAACUUUGCCCCUUUUAAAGAUUUUCAUGCAAAAGUCAGGCUGAUGUCUGUUUUUUGUUCGGAGCAUUUUUAAAAAAAAUCUCUUACGAUCAUGUUUUUUCAUUUACAGACAUUUAAGAAAUCAUUGAACGUGAGGAUAAUUUAAGAAAUACAACCUUAUAGUUCAAUGAGAAAUCUACUUUUUGGUGCCAUUUAAUUCUGAAUUUGAGAAAGAAACAGUGUGAAGUGUUAUGAGGUGUCAUUUUUUUGUUUUGUUUUCCGUUGCUCCACUUUUAGCACACUGUCUUUGCAUGGCAUGAGAUCAAUGAAUCCAUUUCAGUUUAAAACAAAGUUAAUGGAUGAAGUGGGACAAAGCAAUGUGAGUCUCCUGAAGCCUUGUUCCCGUUAAAAUCAUUAAAAAGGUUACUACUUACCCUUGACUUUCAAAUCUUGUGCUCUUAAUUCCCUAUAUUGUCAUCAUUUAAACCCCUGUCAUUUUUUUUUGUUUCCUGUAACAAUAUUGAUUAUCAAGAUUACUUUCUCCAACUACCUGUUGUACCUCAGUGUGCAGAUUCACCACUACCACUUACCUUACUGUAUUUGCAUCUAUGUUUAUUCACGGCCUUGCACUCAUCUGAAAUAAGUAUGGAUGGUAAACAGUUUGCACUACUUGAAAAGAUAAUGUCCUUUGCACAAAUGCAGGCUGACCAAGUUUCUGUACGUCUUCUCACUGUAGUACAGUGUGUUAAAUGUAACCUCAUUCUCCGAAAAGGCAGAUCUGCAUACUGUUUGUGUGUUUAUUGUAAGAAGGAACUCGACUGCUGGUUUUUAGGGAAUUUUAGGUGCCGAGACCAAUGAUGACAUCUACACAUUUGAGACUUCUUUGUUGUGAUAGUAGAAAAUAUCGCCCAGUUUUAGAAAAAAAACAAUGAACUACAAUGUGAGCUUCAUGUGAAAUUGACUUUGUUUCCAAUAAAGAAUUUUUGUAAACA